CCAGUUACAUAGAGCUGUGGAAGGGCAGUCAAUUACCAACCUGGCCGCACUUUGUUGCUGCGCGCUUACAAUUGCGAACUGCACAAAGAACUUCAGUAUUUGUAAAUCGAAUUAGCGAGAACUGCACCCAAGACGGGAAUUUUUCGCCGCUAAUUUUCCGACGGGAAUUAGAGCCUCGUCAUUACCUGUCGCCGACUUUUGGGCUUAUCAGCACCUUCAACGUUCUAAUAGUGAAGUGGUCCAAUCAGCAGCAGGUGAUUGGCAGCGAUGGAAAACUGCAUGGAUUCCAGAACCCGGUGGUCUUCACCCUUUUCCCACGGUGCUGGAUACGAUUCCAGAUGAUAAGGGGCGCGGCUCUGAUUUUCGCGGGCAUCUUCAGUACCAUGUUUUUGAACCACUCGCUUACCGGACGCCACUGGCCGGCCCUCUUCGUAAUUAUUUGCGGCCUGUUGGGCAUCGUCAGUCAAGACGUUCAGCGCGUCAGCUACGACCAGGUCACAUUGCCGUACACGGAGCACAAAGCCAUCUUGACCGGCGACUUGCUCAUCAUCAUUGCAGAAAUUUUGAACGGUCUGCAGUAUGUCUACGAGGAGAAAGAGCUCAACACCUCGAAUGUGGCACCUUUGCAAGCUGCCGGAUGGCAAGGAAUUUUUGGGUUAGCCAUCACCUCGAUUUUGGCCAUUUGCAUGCACUUCUUGCCAACCGUGAGUCCCUUUACUGAGAGCUCGCGUACUGUCUUCGACGAUUGGAGUGAUCUGCUUGAGGAUCUGAAGGAGAAUCUGCCUUUGAUUAUUGCUAUGAUUGCCUUCACGGUCUCGUGUACCCUGUACAACUUUAUUCGCCUAUCUAUUACGAUGUACUCGUCCAGGGCCAUGCGCCUAUUGUCCGGUGGUAUACAUUAUCUUGAAUUUCUUGAAUUGGGUCACGAUCAUGGGCAGCAUUUUCUUCCGGAAGGCCCUUUUCCUUGGCAUAGGCUUGAAUUCGGAGAACAAAGAUGUUCCAAACAGCCGGCCCGCGGAUGUAAUCUAAGGAAACUGAGGGAUUUCUGGAGUGCUGAGUUCUGACAUCCGUACAUGGUGGACUUUGAUAAGAGAGAUAUGCUGCAAGUCAACCUGAUACUUAAAAAUUACGUAUUGAUUGUAAAAGUUCAACAUGUAGCAACAUUAAGCAAUGGUUAAAUGUUAAUUGAUCUGGUAUUAAAUUCGUUCAAAUUGUUAAAAAAAAUUUCACUAAACAAUUGAAAAUAAAAAAUAAUAAAAAAUA